AUGUCUGGAGCAGCCUCAUACGAGCAGUUGGUGCGGCAGGUGGAGGCGCUGCGCAGGGAGAACAGCCACCUCCGGCGUGAGCUGCAGGACAACUCCCAGCACCUCUCCAAGCUGGAGAAUGAGACUUCGGACAUGAAGGAAGUGCUGAAGCACCUGCAGGGGAAGCUGGAGCAGGAGGCACGGGUGAUGGUGUCCUCGGGGCAGACGGAGGUGCUGGAGCAGCUGAAAGCUCUGCAGAUGGAUGUGAGCAGCCUCUACAGCCUCAAGUUCCCAGAGGUUGCAGUGGGGGCCGGGGAGGACAGCGCGCAGCACGGCGCACUCCAUGGGGACGGCACUGGGGACGUCGGCAGGGCCACCCUGAGGCUGCUGGAGGAGCUGGACAGGGAGAGGUGUUUCUUGCUGGGGGAGAUCGAGAAGGAGGAGAAGGAGAAGGUGUGGUACUACGCACAGCUGCAGAGCCUCUCCAAGCGCCUGGAGGAGCUGCCCCACGUGGAGACGUUCUCCAUGCAGAUGGACCUCAUCCGGCAGCAGCUGCAGUUCGAGGCGCAGCACAUCCGAGCGCUGAUGGAGGAACGCUUCGGGACGGCGGAUGAGAUGGUGCAGCGGGCACAGAUCCGGGCAUCCCGGCUGGAGCAGAUCGACAAGGAGCUGAUGGAGGCUCAGGACAAAGUGCAGCCACCGGAGCCUCAGCUCUGCACAAAGCUGCCGGGCACAGAGGAGGACAGCAGUGCAGACGUCCCGACGCACCCAGAGGACGGGGGCAGCAGCAAGGUGGAGGUGGUCUUCUGGCUGCUGUCCAUGCUGGCCACGAGGGACAAGGACGACAUGUCGCGCACACUGCUGGCCAUGUCCAGCUCACAGGAGAGCUGCCUGGCCAUGCGCAAGUCGGGCUGCCUGCCGCUGCUCAUCCAGAUCCUGCAUGACUCCGACCGUGAGCCCGGCCCCCCCGAGAGCCCCACCGGUGCCAAGGAUGCCCGCAUGCGCGCCAACGCCGCGCUGCACAACAUCGUCUUCUCGCAGCCUGAUGAGGGGCAGGCCAAGAAGGAGAUGCGGGUGCUGCACGUGCUGGAGCAGAUCCGCUCCUACUCAGAGACCUGCUGGGAUUGGCUGCAGAUGCAGAGCAGGGAUGGGGGCAAAGGGCCCGAGGGCAGCACUGCACCGGUGCCCAUCGAGCCCCAGAUCUGCCAGGCCACCUGUGCCAUCAUGAAGCUCUCCUUCGAUGAGGAGUACCGGCGUGCCAUGAACGAGCUGGGUGGGCUGCAGGCGGUGGCUGAGCUGCUGCAGGUGGACUACGAGAUGCACAAGAUGACGAGCGAUCCCCUGAACCUGGCGCUGCGGCGCUACGCAGGGAUGGCCCUCACCAACCUCACCUUUGGGGACGUGGUCAACAAGGCAACGCUGUGCUCACGCCGGGGCUGCAUGGAAGCCAUCGUGGCCCAGCUGGGUUCCGACAGCGAGGAGCUGCACCAGGUGGUCUCGAGCAUCCUGAGGAACCUCUCCUGGAGAGCCGACAUCAACAGCAAGAAGGUGCUGCGGGAGGUGGGCAGCGUGGCGGGGCUGACACAGUGCGCGCUGCACGCGGCCAAGGAGUCCACACUGAAGAGUGUCCUGAGCGCGCUGUGGAACCUGUCGGCGCACAGCACAGAGAACAAAGCCGCCAUCUGCGGUGUGGAGGGGGCCCUGGGCUUCCUGGUCAGCACCCUCACCUACAAGUGCCAGAGCAACUCGCUGGCCAUCAUCGAGAGCGGCGGCGGCAUCCUGCGCAACGUCUCCAGCCUCAUUGCCACGCGCGAGGACUACAGGCAGGUGCUCCGGGACCACAACUGCCUGCAGACGCUGCUGCAGCACCUGCGCUCGCACAGCCUCACCAUCGUCAGCAAUGCCUGCGGCACGCUUUGGAACCUGUCUGCCCGCAGCCCCCGCGACCAGGAGCUGCUCUGGGACCUGGGGGCGGUCAGCAUGCUGCGCAACCUCAUCCACUCCAAGCACAAGAUGAUCGCCAUGGGCAGCGCGGCCGCGCUCCGCAACCUGCUCACCAACCGGCCCCCCAAGUACAAGGACACAGCCGUGGUCUCGCCGGGCUCCUGCAUGCCAUCUCUGUACAUGCGCAAGCAGAAGGCGCUGGAGGCCGAGCUGGAUGCCAAACACCUGGCUGAGACCUUUGACACCAUGGAGAAGCAGAGCUUGAAGAGCCAGAGCGCCAAGAAGCCGCUGCGGCACAUGGAGAGCCUGGUGAAGGAUUACGCCUCCGACUCGGGCUGCUUCGAUGACGAUGAGGUGCCCAACAUCUCCACUGGUGUGGAGACAGCCAGCGCCUCCGUCCUCUCCAUGUUCCUGGGCUCCUCCUUCCUGCAGGGCCAGGCGCUGCCGCGGGCUCUGGCGCACAGACGGUGCCCAGAACCGGAGAAGGACGAUGGUGGGAAGCUGGCGGAGCCCAAGAAGCCGCCGCUGCCGGAGGACGACGUCUCUUUGGCCGCCGAGAAGCUGGCCAACAAGAUCUCCAGCACGGUGGCCAAGAUCGACAAGCUGGUGGAGGACAUCUCCACCAUGCACACGUCCUCGGAUGACAGCUUCAGCCUCAGCUCAGAGGACCACGGCCUGGACUGGCAGUACGGCCCCGAGGAGCCGCCCGAGGUGCGCGCCCACUCCUGCUCCCCGUGCCGUCUCUCGGACACCGGAGGCUCUGCCAGGCGUGAGGGACUGAGCCGGGCGCGGGCGCUGCUGCGGCUGAAGACAGCGUACACCAGCCUGUCCACAGACAGCCUCAACAGCGGCAGCACCAGCGACGGCUAUUGCCCCAAGGAGCACAUGAAGCCCUGCACCAGGGCCCCCUUUCUUGACUACAGGGAUGAGCUGCAACGCUACCAGAAGCGGCCCAGCAGGCUGGAUCUCAAGAGCAUCCUGGGCACCAAGCCUGACCCCCCUGUGCUCAGGGCCGAGCCGGAUAAGCCAGAGCAGAGGGAGGCGCCAGAGCGGGGCAGGAAGGCGGUGACCUUCCCCAGUCCCAAAGCGCUGGAGACCGGCAGGAAGAAGGAGAUGGGCGGCAAGCUGCCCGCCGACCCACAGGUGCACACCAUCAAGCUCUCGCCCUCGUACCAGCACGUGCCCUUGCUCGGGAGCCUGGCCAAGAGCAGCACAGCCAUCAGCCACCACACCUCGCUGCUGGGAAGGAAGCAAGCCUGGCUGCCCCCGGCCCUCCUGCAAACAGCCGACACCCUCAGCAAGAUCCCUGAGAAGCUGCCAGCCCAGCCCCUGGCCCCGGCCGAGCAGGAGUCGGUGCAGAAGUACUCGGUGGAGGACACCCCCAUCUGCUUCUCCCGCUGCAGCUCCCUCUCCUCCCUCUCCUCAGCCGACAAUGUGCUGGAUGGGCAGAGCCACAGCGAGAAUGACCUGGACAGUGACUCCUCACUGGAGAUCCUGGAGAUGGAUGAAGGGGAUGGGGAAGCUGAGGACGCGAGGCAGGAGAAGGAGAAGGCGGAGAUGGGUCCGACAACACCGGUGGGGAUCUCCCAGCCCAUCACCAUCCCCUUCCCCAAACGUGACAAGCUCUUCCUGAGGGAUGCAUCCCCCUCCCGCCAGGAGGACCACACUCCCUCCAGCUCCUCAGAGAACUACAUCCAGGAGACGCCGUUGGUGAUGAGCCGCUGCAGCUCCGUCAGCUCUCUGGGCAGCUUCGAGAGCCCAUCCAUCGCCAGCUCCAUCCAGAGCGACCCAUGCAGUGAGAUGAUCAGCGGCACCGUCAGCCCCAGCGAGCUGCCCGACAGCCCGGGGCAGACGAUGCCACCCAGCCGCAGCAAGACGCCGCUCUUCGAGCUGGGCUGCCCACCCGAGAAGGAGACCAGCCAGUUCAACAUCCAGUGGGAGAACAACGUCAAGAAGUUCAUGGAGAUCACCGACUUCAAGGAGCGCUUCCAGCUGCCCCAGGACCUGGACUCCAUGGUUUAUUUCACAGUGGAGAAACCCAAUGAGAAUUUCUCGUGCGCCUCCAGCCUGAGCGCCCUGCCGCUGCACGAGCACUACGUGCAGAAGGACGUGGAGCUGAAGCUGAUGCCCACCUUCCCCGAGAAGAACAGCCUGAAUUUUGCAGUGCACGAGGAGCGGGAGGAGCAGGAGGAGCAGCUCCUGGAGGGCCAACGCCGGGCAGAGCCCAGCUCUGACGAUGACAUUGAGAUCCUAAAGGAGUGCAUCAGCUCCGCCAUGCCCUCGCGCUUCUGCAAGGUGAAGAGCUCGCUGCUCUCCGGGCAGGUCCUGCACCCGCACACCAAGAAGCCCCUCCACGUCCCCGUCUACAUGCUGGUGCCCACACACACUGCUGUCCCCAAGCACCUCCGUGCCACCGCCCGGGAGCUCUACAAGGAUGAUGACUCCUGCACCGAUUCGGCUGAUGGGACCCCCGUCAACUUCUCCAGCACAGCCUCGUUGAGUGAUGAGACCCUGCGUGGCCCCAAGGAGGAGGCCGAACCCCCCCACGGUGCGGGAAGGAGACGGGAAAUGGGCACGGCGGCAUCGCCGGCACGGAGAUCUGCUCUGGGCAGCUCAGCGCACACGCGGCCCAGCUCAGCCUGCAGGGGCAGGGCGGGCUCCAGCCGGGACAGCCCCGUGCCGCCGGGCAGAGGCGCGGAGGGGAAGCGGGGACAACCCGUGCUCGGCACGGAGCCAGAGGUGGGGAGGAGCGGCAGCCCUGGGUCGCGGCCGUGCAGCCUGCCCGGGAGGAAGGACGGUAUGCGGGAGGAAGGGGCGGCCUUCCAGUCCCUGUGCCACACCACGCCGACCGAAGAAGCCGUCUACUGCUUCUAUGAGCACGACUCGGAUGAGCCCGGGCUGGGCAAGGAGGUGCCCGGCGGUGGAGCGCAGCCUGGCCGGGCGCCGCGGAGGGAGCGCUGCGGGGGCUCCGUGCCCAGGAGGGAGCCUGAGACGAAGGGCAAAGCGAAGAGCAAGCUGCAGCACAACCUGAUUGCCGAUGAGACACCGCCGUGCUACUCGCUGAGCUCCUCCAUGAGCUCCCUGAGCGACGGCAACCCCGGCGAGGGUGAGGAGUGUGGUUCAGCCCCCCGGCAGCGCGCAGCGGUGGGGCAGACGCAGGGCCGCUCCCCCAGCCCCAACUCGGAGGACGACCUCCUGCAGAAGUGCAUCGGCUCUGCCAUGCCCAAGCGCCGGCGGCCCUCGACGAGGCGGAGGACGGCGGAGAGGAAGCAGAAGCCGAAGGGCGGCGCUGGGAGGGAGCGCCCGGCAGAGGGCAGGCAUCGCUCCGAGGAUUUGGGCUCCGACGGCGGCUCCGACCUGGACAGCGUGGAGUGGGAGGCCAUCCAGGAGGGAGCCAACUCCAUCGUCACCUGGCUGCACCAGGCUGCGGCGUCGCUGUCACGGGAGCCUUCCUCCGAGUCUGACUCCAUCCUCUCCUUCGUCUCAGGGCUCUCAGUCGGCUCCACUCUGCAGCUCUCCCUGGACAGGGCUGAGAAGAAACGCUCUGGAAGUGCGGCCGGGCGGGAGGCGGAGAGGAGGGAGCGUGCCAAGAGCCGCCCGGAGGCGAAGAAGGCGCCGAGCGCCCGUCCUGCUGGCAAUGCGAGGGCAGAGAGGAGCCCAGCACCGAGCAAACCCGUGCCCAACCUGCCGGUGGUUUUCCGCGGCAGGACCGUCAUCUACAUGCCCAACUUGGCCAAGGACGCGCCCAGCCCGCGCUCCACCCCAAAGAAAUCCCCCAUGGCCAAACCCCCGGCGCCCAAGAAUCUGUCUCUGAGCCAGCAGCGUUCCCGCAGCCUGCACCGCCUGGGGAAGCCGCCCGAGGGGGGGGACCUGGCUCUGCCCAAACGCAGCACCACGCCUCCUGCCCGCAUCGCCAAAGGGCCGCCGUCCUCGGGCUCGUCCCGCACCUCCACGCCCUCGCAGCACGUGCCCAAGAAGCUGCCGUCGCCCUCGCAGCUCUCCAAGCAGAGCCCCGUGCAGACGGGCAAGACGACCGGCCCCCCCUCCCCGCCCGGCCCCUCGGCCAAGCCCACGGCCCCCAGAUCCCCGGCCCCCCGGCAGCACAAGACGCAGAAGUCACCCGUCCGCAUCCCCUUCAUGCAGAAGCCCAGCAGGAAGGUGCUGCCGGUGCGCUCUGCCAUGCCGGUGCUGGAGGAGCAGGAGGGCAGCGGCAAGGCGAAGGGCGGCACGCCGGGGGGGGCGGGGAGCAGCCGGCUCAACCUGGUGCGGAUGUCAUCCACUCGCUCCAGCGGCAGCGACUCGGACCGCUCGGGUUUCCUGCGGCAGCUCACCUUCAUCAAGGAGUCCUCCAGCCUGCUGCUGCGGCACCGCGCCGAGCUCGGCCCGGCCACCCAGGCCACCUCACUGCCCCGCGGCGCGUCCCCGCAGCGCAGCCGGGCCGCCCUCCCCACCGUCUUCCUCUGCUCGUCCCGCUGCGAGGAGCUGAAGGCGGCCAAACCAGCAGCGCCCGCGCCGCGUCCGCUCGUCCCCAGGGCGCAGCCCGGCUGCAAAGCCCCCGCCGCAUCCAAGCCCCCGCGCAGGACGAGCUCCGAGAGCCCCUCCCGGCUGCCGGUGAAGACGGCCGUCCCAGAGCCGUUCAAGCGGUAUUCCUCAUCGCCCAACAUCAGCGUGCCGCGCCGCACCGGCAGCCCGUCCUCCGUCCUCUCCGCUUGUUCCGAGGCGUCGGCGCGGCGGCGGAAACCCGGCGAGGCGACGGAGGAGAAACCGCCGAUGGCGAUGAUGAAAGGCACGUGGCGACGCAUCCGCGAUGAGGACAUCCCGCACAUCCUGCAGAGCACGCUGCCCUCCACCGCGCUGCCGCUGCUCAGCGCCGCCGAGGAGCCGCUCCCCGGCCCCAGGAAGACCAGCGACGCCGUGGUGCAGACCGAGGACUUCGCCACCACCAAGACCAACUCCAGCACCUCGCCCACGAUGGAGAGCCCCCGGCACGAUGGCGAAGCCACGGCGCCCACCAAGGCCGCUCUGCCCAUCUCCUUCGGGCACGAGGCGCCCGCCGGGACCUUCCCCGCCAGCCGGCACAGCUCCCCGAGCCGCGCCGCCCGCGUCACCCCCUUCAAUUACGUCCCCAGCCCCAUGGCGGUGCCGGCAGUGGCUGACAAAGCAGUGGAGAAAAUCCAGGCGUGAGCGGCUGCCACGGACGGACCCCGACGGACCCCUCCUGCCCGCGGGGAUGGAGACGUGGGACGGCCGGGACCCCUCCCCAGCCCAGACGGGGUUUAUUCCAAUGCAGCUCCAAAGGUUCCCGUGCUGAAGACCAGGCGAAGCCCCGUGGGUGGGGACCGAUCCCUGCAGCCGAGCGCUUCUCAGUGCCGAUGGGAGUCCCCGGGGCACUGCGGCCCUAGGGGGAGCCCUCGGGAUCGUGUCCCCACAACCCAGAAACACAACAAGCAAAGCCUUAACGCCAGGCUCGCGCCGCACGCUUCAGCUCGCGCACCGGCACGGCACCGCCAGGCAUCGCAGAGCCUUUAUUGCGGGGACGGGGUCACCUCAUCUCGGGGAUACAGAGCCAGAGCGAAGCAGGGAGGGACCCCAAAUGGCGAGGCGCGGGGCCAGGCUGGGUCCCAUUUGUGCUGCUCCUACUGAGGGUGCUUGGCUGAGUGCGGUGCUUAUCAGGGCUGGGUGCUCGUCGGGGUCCCGGCUGCUUUGUCACUGAGCUGCUGACUGCCCUGGGGAGGACACGGA